AUGGCAUUAUCAAAUCUCCAAUACAUUUGUGCGCAGCCAGAAUUGAUGAAAUGGAAUGUGGUGUCAAAGCCAGAAAGCAGAAGAGGAAGGAGAACUGUACAGUGUUUUCAUGGUAGGGGUUUCCUAGGGGUAAAGGCGGUAUGGAAGGACGAGUUGUAUUAUUUAGCUAAUGUUUAUUCGCCUAGUACUUUGGCGGAGAAGAGGUUGAUGUGGGGGAAUUUAAUUUCUUUAAAGAAUAGAUUUACCGAUGGUGAGUGGGUGAUUGGUGGUGAUUUUAACUCUAUCAAGAAUUGUAGAGAAAGAAAAGGUUGCUCGGUUGUUCGUUCUAGUUGUGAAUGGAGGGAGUUCGAGGAGUUUAUUGAACUUUCCAACUUGAUUGAUAUUCCUUGUAAAGGGAAGAAAUAUUCUUGGUUUAGUGGGGACGGAAGAGUUAGUAGUAUAAUUGAUCGUUUCUUGGAGGCGGACAAUAUGGUUAGUAGAUGGGGAGUGAUUGGCCAAUUUGUAGGGGAUUGUGACAUAUCGGAUCAUUGCCCGGUGUGGUUGGUUUGUGAUAAUUCAAAUUGGGGACCAAAGCCCUUUAAAUUCAACAACAAGUGGUUUGCUAACAAGGAGUUCUUGCCUUUUGCGGAGAAGGAGUGGAAGUUGUUAUUGGUGGAAGGGAGGGGCGAUUUCGUAGAGGAAGGUGUUCGGAUCUUGAACGAAGGGGAUGAAUUGGUGGAUGAAGAGGAUGUAGCUGUUUCUUUGUUAGAUGUGGAUUGGAGAAGGAGGGCAUCUAAAGAUUUUUGGAUGAAUUUGAAGAUUAAAGAGAAUAUGCUAAUUCAAAAAUCGAGAUUGAAGUGGUUGAAUGAUGGUGAUGCAAAUAGUAAAUACUUCCAUAGGGUUAUGAAAGCAAGGAGAAGUCGGAACCACAUUGGUCCUUUAUUGACGGAGAGUGGUUUUGUUGAAUCGGUUGCGGAAGUGAAAGAGGAAGUCUUGUCUCAUUUUGCGAAUAAGUUUACCGAGGAGGUGAGGGGGAGACCAACUUUGGAGGGGAUUUCUUUAGGGGUUUUGAAUAGGAAAUAUUGA